UAUUGUCCUUCCAUGCUCGACUUAUAUAAACCUUGUUAAUGAAGUUUCAGGCUCACCACUUCUGCAAUACUCAAAAUCAAGUUGUUGAAUCUUGAGAGAGCAGAAACAAAAAGGGUUAAUUAAUUAUGGGUGAAAAUAAGCCUUAUUUAGCAGUGAUCUUCGUGCAGGCAAUCUAUGGUGGUAUGUUCUUAAUCUCAAAAGCAGCCUUUAAUGGAGGUAUGAACAGCUAUAUCUUCGUCUUUUACAGACAGGCGGCUGCAACUCUUUUCUUGGCUCCUUUUGCACUCCUCUUUGAAUGGAAGAAUCGGGCGCCGAUAUCAUUCGUGACCCUCUGCAAGACUUUUCUGCUCUCUUUAUUUGGGAUUACUUUGAGUUUGGAUAUCAAUGGAAUCGCACUUGUUUACACUUGUGCAACUUUGGCUGCUGCAAUUACAAACUGCCUUCCUGUCAUUACUUUCUUCUUGGCCCUUUUACUAAGGAUGGAGGUGCUAAAGAUGAGGACAGCCUCAGGCAUUGCAAAGCUUACAGGCAUAGUAGCAUGCAUGGCUGGAGCUGCAACUCUUGCGUUUUAUAAAGGUCCCCAUUUCAAGCCCUUUUGCCAUCAUCAAAUUUUUGGAUCCCAUGAGCUUGUGGGGCAUGUUUCUUCUGGUAAAACAUGGAUAAAAGGUUGCUUCCUUAUGUUCUUAUCCACCACCUUUUGGGGCUUGUGGCUUGUGUUGCAGACAGGAAUUUUGAGGAGUUAUCCAUCAAAGCUUCUCUUCACUACACUUCAGUGCUUUCUAAGCUCAAUUCAAUCAUUUGCUAUAGCCAUUGCUUUUGAAAGAGAUCCUCACCAGUGGAAGCUUGGUUGGAAUAUCAGACUUCUUGCUGUAGUUUAUUGUGGAGUUAUGGUGACGGGUGUAACAUUCUAUGUGCAAGCAUGGAUUAUAGAGAAGAAAGGGCCAGUGUUCUUGGCCAUGUCUACCCCAUUAAAUUUGAUAUUCACAAUGUUAUGUUCAGCAAUUAUCCUAUGUGAAAUCAUUACUUUGGGAAGCAUUAUGGGUGGGGUGCUAUUAGUUGGAGCCCUCUACAGUGUCUUAUGGGGGAAAAGCAAAGAAGAGAAAAUGAAUGAUAAGAAUCACAUAAUAGCAGAAGCUGAGGAGAAAGAAAGCUCAGAGUCGGCAGCUAAGGGACAAUUGCCUUUGUAAAUUGAUAAGGCAUUGCAUCUUUUCUUGCCUGCCUUGCUCGCCAGCUUCUUCUCCAAUGGAGAUUAGAAGAAAAAAAGAAAGAUAUUAUUUAUUUAUAUAUAUUAUUUUGAAAAUAGAAUAGUUAUACAAUAAAAUUUGUAAUUUAC